CGGACCCGGCAAGAACAAUCCAGCGAGCGAGAAAAAGGGGGACGAAUCCAAUCCAAUCCAAGCCGGAGCGCGAGCGGGGAGAGAGCUCAGGGAAGGCAAACCGUUCCGGCCCAAUCCAGUCGGGUCGGAUCGCCGAGUCGCAGCGAGGGAAGGAACGCGGCGAGGUUUAGGCAGGGUUUGUCUCCUCCCGUGCGAUUCAGUUCUCGCCGGGGGAGGUUCCCAAAAAAAAAAUCUCUCGCCGUGGGAGGACGAGGAGGAGGGGUCGCCGGCGGUGGGGCGCGCCGAUGCGGAAGUUCCAGGACUCCGUCAAGGCCCUCGAGGCCGACAUCGAGCACGCCAAUGCGCUGGCGUCGGAGUUCCUGCGGGACUACGACGGGUCCUUCAUCCAGAUGCGGAUGGCGUACAGCGCCGUCGCGCAUUUCCUCGUGCAGUGGACCGACUGCAAGCUCGCCGGCGCGCUCGGCCUCCUCAAGGUCAUGCUCUACAAGGUGUACGCGGACGGUGCGUCGGCGCUUCCCGACUGGGAGAGGGAGGCCAGCAUCAGGGAGUUCUACGGCGUCAUAUUCCCGUCGCUGCUGCAGCUGCCGAGCGGGAUCACCGAGCUGGACGACAGGAAGCAGAGGCGGCUCUGCCUGAAGAAAUUCAGGAGCAGGGACGAGGAGCUCUCGGAGGUGGACACGGAGAGGGAGCUCGAGUGCGGCAUCUGCCUCGAGGUCAACCGCAAGGUCGUGCUGCCCGACUGCGCCCACACGCUCUGCAUGCGGUGCUUCGAGGAUUGGAACGCCAAAUCCAAGUCCUGCCCGUUCUGCCGCGCCUGCCUGGAGGAGGUGAAGCCGGGCAGCCUGUGGAUGUACACCGACGACAGCGACGUUGUGGAUAUGGAUACCUUGACAAGGGAGAACAUUAGGCGGCUCUUCAUGUACAUAAAUAAGCUGCCCCUUGUAGUCCUACAUGUAGUUGACCUCGACAUUUACCAGUACCGUAUCAAGUAAAUUUAACUGCUCCUUGUUCAUAGCUUCA